AUGAGCAAUGGUCUCUCAGAAGCUAGGCCUGCUUGGCAAACGGACGAACUCGAGGACGAAUGGAUCGAUCAGGAGGCCACCGAUGAUUCACAUGCUACUCGCUCGAUGCACGCACACUCCAGCUCAGACAUAUCAUUUACCCAACCCCUUGGAUCGGUGAUAGUGCGUAGCAGCGAACUGAGAGCUGACACUCCUGCUGCAGAUCAGAAUGCGGGUGGCACAUUUUUGAUUCGGGAAGAUGCUCCUGCUGUGCCUCUGCUACCCAAAACACCUGGCCGAGGGAAGAAAGCCUUUGGGAAAGACUUCUUCAGUCCGCUUGCACUUGAACGCAUGUUUGAGCCACCAUCACCGCCUGGCGCUGUCCAGGCAACCGCACCUUCCGUUCCUUCGCGCCUCUCACGCGAUACGGAGAUUAUAGGAGAGCUUUCCCGGGGUGAUAUAGCCGUAGGAGAGGGAGGAGAUGGGCAAGAAGUGCAGAGCGGAGAGGCUGGCGUGUUGGAUUGUCAAUUUACGUUCGAAGCACCUCGGCCGAGCCCCUUCAAUCCCAACGGCGUCAUUCCGGCAGCGCAGAGCACACCAGGACAUCCUCGCAUGCAUUCCGACAUGCUAAAUCCUCCUUCUACCGAUCCGCGUCUACGUCUCUUCCAGUUCCAGUAUGACACAUUCACUCGGGACCACCUCUCGGCGAUGGUCGAUUCGAUCGCUGUAAAUACGCCCUCUGCAGGCAGUGGCGCCGUCAGCUCGGUGCGUCUGCGGAGUGCGAAACGUAUCAAACUUAGCCCCGCGAGCGAAAUCUCGCGUAGCGGUGACGGCGAGGCUAUGAUCCAUCGGCCGAGACGGAAAGACUAUGUCGGCGAGUCGAAGUCGCUCAUGGACAAGAUACGACGGGCGCGAGACUUCUCGACUGUCUCGACGGUUGCGAGUGCAAGAUCCCCGGAACAAGCGGAUGCGAGUGUGUCUCGUCUGACGCAUGCCUGCCUCAGCCGUGCCAGCGGCACCUUCAUCUCUAGCUGCUGCCAAUUCCAAUGUCGGAAGACGCCUUCUCCGAGCUGGACUGUGGCGUCAUCUCAGCGUGGAGUCUAUUCGUCUUUGGGCUAUCGGGAGCAAGCAGCAAACCUCAUGGCGCAAAUUAGAAGCGAUAUGAAGGGCUCAAAACGUAUAUUCUCUGAAGACACCGAACCUUCCCACAUUACCGCGGAUGAGACGAGCAGACGAGAUAACGCCGCUUUCCAGCAUGAAAUGCCCUCCCGUAUAUCUACCGCCAGGCGAGGCAGCAUACAGAUUCGCGACGCUGCGCACCAUACGCUCACGGGGACGACGAGGGGAAAACGGAAGCUGAGCCCUCCGCCAUAUGACAGCGACGAGGACACCACCGACAUAGACGAUAUGCUCGCCGAUGGGAUUACACAUAUGUCUCUGGACUCUCAGCGCCUUCUGGAACAGUUCCCUGACCCUCCUGUUCGGCUCACCGUGACAGCUGAGGAUGCACCUCCGGCGUCCACCAUCGGAGGCACCCAAUCACGGUCAAGACCUGAAUCUAAUCCCACCUUCCUCGCCCUACCGCUGGCGGCCCGCCGCGAUCUCACACGGUUCGUCUCAUCGAGUACGGCCUCGGGGACGACCCUCACGCAGGGCAGUGCUGCUUCGUUUGUCAAGCACCCCGGGCCCAAACAAAUAACGCGCAUCGCGCCAGAGGACGUGCCUACUCUGCCUGACAGGGUCGGGAAGAUGGUGUUUGACAAGGUCAUGAUGAAGUGGGUCAAAGACACCGCUGCUGCGACGGCGGGGAUGGCCGAGGCGGAGAGGCGCCUCGCUGUCGACACAACUGACGGGAACGAGAGUGAAGACCCUUUCCGUGACAUCGAGAGUCUCAGGGAGGAGGACGAUUCAGGGGACCAGCCGACCCAUGCUGCAGUCGUCGUUGAGCGCGACCAUGACGAAGACGCCGGCGAGGAGUCUCUAGAUACCGAAGAUGACAGGUUCCAAGAGAUUGACGAGGCCACUGACGUAGAAGAUGAAGAGGAGAUCGAGCUCACAUCUUUUUCAUUCGACGGACCCCCUGCAGGACAAGACGAAUCUGAAGGCUCUGAGAUCACCGAGUCUGACGGUGAAGACGACGAAGAGGUCACAGAUACAGCCGACCUUUCCGUCCCUGCAGAAUCUGUCUCAGGCGAUUCCGAAGGAGACUACAACGCCGAUCAAGCAGCGGCAGACUCGCAACCACAACCCGCUUUACAGGACACACCGCCUCACCAUCUCGUCCCUCAAUCCUAUGCAACUUCUUCAUUGACAACCCCCAAUGCCCGCGCUGGCGCUGGCGCUGGAUCCGCCAGUGGGACGCUUCGCUCUGCCUUGAAGAGCUCGAGCAUUACGCCGGUGUCAGCGUUGAAAGAUCCCAACAAGAACAAGACAUCUACGCCGGCGGCGCGCCUCGGACGUCGUCGCUCAGUCAGCUUCUCUGAUGGCAAGAGGGACGGACCGAUCCGCGGGAUUGGGCGGAACGUGCCUACACCUGUUGAUCCAGAAGGCACCGAGGACGAGGACGACAGCCCCCUGGUCGGCGGGACUAAUAAGGCGGGCUCUGUACUGGUACCUUCCGCGAGAUCCAAGCGUAUUGCCGAUAUGCUGGACAACUUGGAGGAUCCCGCUGGGCUGGAAGACGACUCUCCAUCGAGGGCGAGCAGCUUAGGACGUCCGCAGACUGAAGAACUCCAGCCGCUCAAGGCACGGCGGCCAAGCAGCGCUAAGGCGAGUCCCGGCCGUGAGGUUUCAAGGAGGGUAUUCUCUCGGCCACACUCGAAGACUCCUAGUUCCGCCGGUAGGAACGCGAAUGCAACGUUCCUCACGGAAUGUUCCUUUGGCGUCGCCCACGAUCGUCUCGUACAGGUCAUUACGGACGUACAGCCAUUCGAACCGUACUGGGAGGACUUGACGUCCAUUGAUUUGUCGGCGCGCAACAUAGACAGUGUGGCAAGACUGAAGGAUAACCACAACCAACUAUCUUGGCUCAGCGGCAUCCCAGGGACGGUGCGCUCAUUGUCAGUAGUGUCAAAUGUCUUGACAGGGCUUACGUCCUUCAGCCAUUUACUGAACAUUGAGUACCUCGACCUGAGUCGCAACCAAAUUACUUCGCUGCGCCAGCUUGCAUGUCUUCGCCAUCUUCGAGAGCUUCGAGCAGAUGGAAACAGGAUCGACAGCGUCGACGGGUUGCAGAAGAUGGACGGGCUCGUGAAGCUCAGUCUUCAGGGGAACGUCGUGCAAAGUCUUGAUCUGCAGGACUAUCGCUGGACCCGCCUGGAAAUGCUCAAUGUUAGCCAUAAUCGGGUCUCCAACGUGUCUGGGCUCGCAUCAGCACCGGCGCUGGUAGCGCUGAAUCUAGACAACAACGCGCUAGACGAGCUAGACCGCGAUGGUACAAUGCCCCGGCUCAGGAUACUCCGUGUAUCCGGCAAUCGGCUGAAGCAACUGGAUGCCUCUGCUUUCCCUGGCCUUCGCACGCUAUAUGCCGACAACAACUAUCUCGGAACUAUUCACAAGGCACACCGGCUGAUAAAGUUGGAAAACCUGAGCCUGCGGAAUCAGGGUGGCAAGCCUGGACUCCUAUCGUGGAACGUGUCUGACCUCAUCCCGCGCCUUUGCACAGGCAAUCCACUCAAGGGCGGUUUCAUUGCGGAGCCUUGCUACCAUCUCGUCUACCUCGAGCUCGCCGCAUGCCGGCUGACGGCGCUCCCGACCGGCCUGGCGCGCUUGAUACCCAACGUUCGGGUGCUGAACCUUAACUACAACUUCGUCGAGGACCCGCGCCCGCUCGAAGGCUUGACGCGCCUCCGCAAGCUCACCCUCAUCGGGUCGCGGAUCAAAAACGCACGGCUUCUCGCCCGCGUCCUCCGGGGGAUGACUGAUAUCGAGAUGCUCGAUUUCAGGUACGUACGUUCUUUGCAGAUGAACCCAUGCACGCUCGGGUGGUACCUUCCCAUCCUUGUGCGGGACGUGCCUGGUGCGCUGCAACCCUCCGACGGCGACCGCCCCGGGCCCAGCUCUGGAGGCAACGCGCUCGCCGGAUUCGCGGCGCCCGUCCGCGGGCCUGCGUCCCAAGCAGGCGGAUCAGCCCACGAUCAUCUCCCAACCGGACACAGAGCCAGGGACGGUGCGCAUUCGCACGGACCACAACAAAGUUCAAUCGCAGGCUCUGCUGGUGGUGCUAAUGCGCCCGCGCGGGGAGGCGCCGAGGCGGCCGCAAGUCCCGGUGGGCACGGAGACGCCGCCGGGGGCCAUCGCGCGGGCACGGGGGAGGCACCGCCGCGUGCGCAGAGCGGGCCUCCGCCAGUGAUGGGUUCUGUGGCCGGCUCUGCGUCGGGCGCUGCGGUGUGGAAGGAGCUGGACGCGAAGUUCCGGCGGGACCUGCCCGACGACGUUUACCUGGGGCGGCUGGCGUACCGCGGGCUCGUCAUGCGCGCGUGCCCCGGAUCCGCCUGCUCGACGGCGUGGAGACGUCGCCAAGGAGCGCGCGAAGGCGGAGGGCGUGCUCGUGAACCUCGACCGUGGGCGCGAUCGCUUGCGGCUGCUGCGCCUUCUCUGCCCAACGCGGGAGACGCGCAGGGGGGCCUCACGCGGGAGAAGGAGAAGACGAAGACGAAGACGAAGGCGAAGGCGAGGGAGGGCGUGCGGGCAGGUGCCCAGUGA